AUGAGGGCCAUCAUCUGCUUCAUCAUAGUUCUUCUCGGACUGAUGGUCUAUGUGUCUCCAGUUCAUGGCCAAGGGGAAGUGAUUGAUGGCGGCUGGUCCGACUGGGGCCCGUGGUCCGGCUGUAGCGUGACGUGUGAAAGUGGUACACAGACUCGGGACCGAACGUGCACCAAUCCGGCACCAGCUAACGGUGGGGCGGAUUGUGAUGGACUGGCUGAGGAGACACAAGCAUGUGACACGGAGGUGUCCUGUCCAGUGAUUGAUGGCGGCUGGUCCGACUGGGGCCCGUGGUCCGGCUGUAGCGUGACGUGUGAAAGUGGUACACAGACUCGGGACCGAACGUGCACCAAUCCGGCACCAGCUAACGGUGGGGCGGACUGUGAUGGACUGGCUCAGGAGACACAAGCGUGUGACACGGGGAUGCCUUGUCCAGUUGAUGGCGGCUGGUCCGACUGGAGCACGUGGUCCGUCUGUAGCGUGACGUGUGAAAGUGGUACACAGACUCGGGACCGAACGUGCACCAAUCCGGCACCAGCUAACGGUGGGGCGGGUUGUGAUGGACUGGCUCAGGAGACACAAGCAUGUGACACGGAGGUGUCCUGUCCAGUGAUUGAUGGCGGCUGGUCCGUCUGGGGCCCGUGGUCCGGCUGUAGCGUGACGUGUGAAAGUGGUACACAGACUCGGGACCGAACGUGCACCAAUCCGGCACCAGCUAACGGUGGGGUGGGUUGUGAUGGACUGGCUGAGGAGACACAAGCGUGUGACACGGGGGUGCCUUGUCCAGUUGACGGCAUGUGGUCCACGUGGAUGACAUGGUCUACAUGCAGCCAGUCCUGUGGCGGAGGGACACAGGCCAGGCAGAGAGCGUGCAACAAUCCUGCCCCAGCGAAUGGUGGAAAUGCCUGUGUAGGUAGUCAGGAGCAGUCCAGACAGUGUUCUACAUGGGCGUGUCCAGUUGCUCCGAUUAUUACGCAAGACCCCGAAAGUCGAUCUCGUCUAGUGGGACAAGAUGUCACCUUCUGCUGCGACGCGCACGGUUUUCCGCAACCAAAGGCAGAGGACUAUGAAUGGUUUCGCGAUGGCAUUGUUCUGGACAAAAGCGUGUACGGAUAUUCCAACCAACUCACGCUGACCAACCUAGCCUUGAGUGACGCCGGGGAGUACAGGUGCCGGGCUAACAGUGCAGCCGGAGCGGCCUACUCGGGAUCUGCACAGCUGCAAAUAUACGGAAGCGCUGGAGAUUCCUACGAUGCCGCUCCAUCUCCUGAGUACCUCCAGCUUCCAGCAGACUGUGUCCAGCCUGAUGGAACCAGACUUUACCAAGUAGGCAAGUGUGACAACAAGCCAUGUGUAGGCCCCAGCUACAAUAGCGGUCAAUAUCAGGAAGGUGAAGAGCAACAACUCGAGACCUUUGGUAUGUUCAGUCUUGACUUUGAGGAUGGGUCAGGAAAUGAGUUGGGACUUGCAGUUUCGACUCAAGGCGCAACUCCUCCGGAUAACACUGACACGACUCGCUACCGUUUUUAUGAUUCUCGAGACGACCUUGGGCAAACGUUUGGUAUCUACAAGGCCACGGGUGCAGGGGAUAGCAGUAAGCAAACUGCGUACCAGCAGUGUUUGGCAGGAUCAAGUUCUGGUUCUGGAUCAACUACAAUUGCCCCAGACAACAAUUGGUUUGUUCACUUUGACUGUUCUUAA